AUGAUUCACUUCGAGUUUUUGCCGGCAACUGCAACAAUUCUCUGCCAUGGAGCCGCGGGCCGCGAGUGGAGAGCCAACGGUGCUCGGCAUGGCCGGCGACGACGUGCUCGCCGCGCUGGCCACGGUGGUGCGCAGGCCCAGGAAACGGCGGCCCACUGCAGUGGCCACGCAGCAGCAGACGGCCAACGCUACAUCCAGACAACCGUCAUCCCUCAGCCAGGGCUGCUCCGGGACGAGUCGUGCCACAAUCCAAGUGCAUUUGCCAUUGGUCAUGACGACGACUCCCGUGGGGUUUGUCCGCAACCGAGUACAAUUUCGCCGAUGCAGUUGGCGCCCACAACAACGGUCGGCAACGACGAGGGCAACAUCACCCGAGCCAAGCAGUACUUUGCCAAUAUAUUAGAUUAUCAAUGUGAAUAUCCUCCGCGACCCGAGAUAGUGACGAGGUCAGGAGACUCCAGAGAAGAUCCGGACCCCAUGGGCAAGCACGAUCUGGCAUUUCCUAUUCGCACAAAGUGCCGCGAGUGUCGCAGUGACGUUAUCGUGGCUAAGCAAGAUCAAGAGGACACCUACCUACUUCCUGCGUUCGAGGACUGCAUACGUGAGCGCGAUCAGCCGACGCGAUCUACCGUCACCACUACACCCCGUUGCCGAAGCAAACAUGUAUUGGAUGCAGUAGCGGUUCAACGCUGUGGAUCAGAUGGUGCUCUAAAUCCCAUUUCGCGUGCUGAUGAGGCUGCGGAUGCUCGACUCGGUAGGGCUCCAGCCGCUGCCAACUUAAUGGCUUGGGCAUGUCAUCGCCGUUGCUAA